UGUCGAGUUUAGCAGCCGCAUAUUUUUUUAUAGAAAACUACAGUGAGUGAAAAGCACGCGUGUGAAAGCUAAUGAUAACUAGAGAAAAAUAACACGGUUUUAUUUCUCAAAAUGGUUCGUAAAUUGAAAUAUCACGAGCAGAAACUCUUGAAGAAAGUUGAUUUUAUUAACUGGGAGGUUGACAAUAAUUUACACGAGGUUAAAAUAUUGAGGAGAUACCGCAUUGAGAAGAGGGAAGAUUACACCAAAUACAACAAACUUAGUCGAAAUAUCAGAGAGUUGGCACAGAAAAUACGGGACUUGGACGAAAAAGAUGGCUUCAGAGCUCAAAGUACAACCAUUUUCUUGGAAAAGCUUUACAGUGUCGGUUUGAUUCCCACCAAACAGAGUCUCUCCCUUGCAAAUGAAGUCAGUGCAUCUGCAUUCUGCAGGAGACGGCUUCCCACAAUCAUGACGAAACUGCGUAUGGCUCCGAGCCUUAAGGUUGCCACAACCUUCAUCGAGCAGGGCCAUAUUCGUGUUGGGCCUGAGAUUGUCACUGAUCCUGCAUUUCUUGUAACAAGGAGUAUGGAAGACUUCAUCACAUGGGUGGACUCAUCCAAGAUCAAACAACAUGUCAUGAACUACAAUGAGGAGCGGGAUGACUUUGACCUCGUGGUCUAAAUCGGCAAAUAAAAAUUUGGAUUUCAAACAAAACUGGGUAGCGUAGUGAGCAGCUGUUAUUUUGUGAUACAUUAAAAAAAAAAAUUGUAUAUAUUUAUACCAUCAGACAUCAAUGACCAUUUCUCAUAUUUGAAACAUGUCAAGUGAAUGAAUGCAUUUGAGUGUGACUGUGUAUUUUGCAUGAAUCAUUUGUAAACAAUAAACCAUUACAAUUC